UUCGGCCGUUCUCCGGUUGUUGUAAUGUCAGGCCGAGGAGGAAGCGGCGGCGGCAGGGGAGGCGGUCGAGGACCGCAUCAGGGCGGAGAACGUGGCGGCCCUGGGAGGGGACGCGGCGGUCCUGGUGGUCCCUUGCCCGGAGGGCGCGGCGGUAGUGGUCCCUAUGCUGGAGGGCGCGGCGGUCCUGCACCGCCUGCGCACAAUGUGCCUCCCUCUACCAUUCCGCCUGCGUUGCCUGACCAGAUCAGUCGGAUGUCCUUACAACCAGAGGCGAAACCUAGUCCUGUAGUGCAGGCGCCUGUGGCCAAGGAACAGGGCUCAACUUCGGAGCGGUUGCCCGUUCUACCUCCUGCGUCGUCCAAGGACGUUAGGUUUCCGGCGCGGCCAGGUUUCGGAAAGCUUGGCCAGAAAUGUUAUGUUCGUGCCAACCACUUCCUGGUGGAGUUGUCCGAUAGGGAUCUGCAUCACUACGAUGUGACUAUUACCCCUGAAGUCACUUCCAAAAAGGUAUGCAGAGAUAUCAUGGCGAAGGUAGUUCAAGACUACUCACAAUCGCAUCUGGGAAGACGGUUGUUGGCAUAUGACGGUGGAAAAAGUGUCUAUACAGCUGCCGAAUUACCCUUCAAAUCCAAGGAUUUUGUUGUGAAGUUGAUAGACAAGGAGAGAACUUCAAGGCAGGAGAGACAGUUUACAGUGUCAAUAAAGUUUGCCGCGAAGCAUAGUCUGCAUCAUUUGCAGGAGUUCUUGCGAAGUAGGCAGCUCGAUAGCCCACAGGAAACCAUACAAGUUCUUGAUGUAGCCUUGAGGGCAAACCUGUCAAACACUUACCAGGUGGUUGGAAGAUCAUUCUUCCACACAAGUUUUGGCAAGGGGCCACUUGAUGAUGGGCUGGAAUAUUGGAAAGGGUUCUAUCAGAGCCUGCGACCGUGUCAAAUGGGGCUGUCCUUGAACAUAGAUGUGUCUGCCAGAGCUUUCUAUGAACCUAAACUGGUUUCUCAGUAUGUUUUUGAGUACUUGAAAGUCAGGGAUAAGACCAGGCCUCUAUCGGACCAAGAUCGCUUGAAGGCCAAAAGGGUUCUAAAGGGCCUUAGGGUUGAAGUCACUCAUCUACAAAAUAUUAGGCGGUACAAGAUUUCUGGAUUGUCUACCUUACCAGCUAGCCAGUUGAUGUUUGAGCUCGAAACAGGUGAAAAGACUUCUGUGACAAAAUACUUCAGCCAAAAAUACAAAAUUAAUAUUGCUUUUCCCAUGCUGCCUGCUCUCCAGUCUGGCAAUGAUGCCAGACCUGUAUACUUGCCGAUGGAGGUUUGCCGAAUUGUGGAAGGCCAGCGGUAUACUAAAAAGCUGAAUGAAAAACAAGUUUCUGCAAUGCUAAAAGCUACUGCCCAGCGCCCUAAAGAAAGAGAGAUAAGUAUCAGUAAGGUUGUCCGUGCUAACAAUUAUAACAAAGAUAACUUAGUUUCUGAAUUUGGAAUGAAACUAACUGAUGACCUUACUGCAAUUGAAGCACGUGUUCUUCCACCGCCAAUGAUUAAGUAUCAUGAAAGUGGACGAGAACCUGCAAUCAAUCCAUUUGUAGGACAGUGGAACAUGAUCAACAAGAAAAUGGUCGAUCCUGGGAGGGUUGACUUCUGGACUUUGGUCAACUUCUCACGGUUUCAGGAUUCAGAAGGGUUUUGUCAUGGUUUAAUAGACAUGUGCUGUAGUCGUGGAAUGCUAUUCAAUCCCAACCCGUUGGUACCCUUUCGGUUUGCCAAUCCUAACCAAAUAGAGAAGACACUUCAUGACAUUCACAAUGAAAGCUGUGCUCGGAUUGCUAGCAUGAAAGGGAAUGAGGGAAAGAGUCCUCUUCCCAAGUUACAGCUGCUCAUCAUUAUUCUUCCUGAAAUUUCCGGAACCUAUGGCAAGAUUAAGAAGAUUUGCGAGACAGAGUUGGGAAUUGUCUCUCAGUGCUGUCAACCUAAGCAAGCCUCCAAAUAUAACAAGCAGUAUUAUGAGAAUGUUUCGCUUAAGAUAAAUGUUAAGGUUGGUGGAAGGAACUCUUUUCUUGAACAAACUGUGCAGGGUAGAUUGCCUUUUAUUACAGAACGUCCUACUAUCAUCUUUGGUGCUGAUGUGACCCAUCCCAAUCCAGGAGAGGAUUCUAGUCCUUCCAUUGCCUCUGUUGUUGCUUCAAUGGAUUGGCCACAUGUUACCAAGUAUAGAGGGUUAGUUUCUGCACAAGAACACCGUAUGGAGAUUGUUGAGGAUCUGUAUAAGCUGUCUCAGGAUCCAGUUAAAGGGCCAGUUCAUGGGGGCAUGAUAAGGGAGCUGCUGAUAGAAUUCAGAAGGUCAACAGGCCACAAGCCCCACCGUAUCAUAUUCUACAGAGAUGGAGUGAGUGAAGGGCAGUUCAGCCAAGUCCUGCUCUAUGAAGUUGAUGCCAUCCGCAAGGCUUGCAAUUCGCUGGAGCCUGGGUAUCUGCCUCGCAUCACCUUUGUGGUGGUGCAGAAAAGGCACCACACGCGCCUGUUCCCUGCGGAUCACAACGAUCGCAGAGGCACUGAUAGGAGUGGCAACAUUUUGCCUGGCACAGUUGUGGAUACGAAAAUCUGCCAUCCUACAGAGUUUGACUUCUAUCUCUGCAGCCAUGCCGGUAUCCAGGGGACUAGCCGUCCGGCGCAUUACCAUGUUCUCUAUGAUGAGAACGGGUUCAGUGCUGAUGCGAUGCAGAACCUCACCAACUCUUUGUGCUACACCUAUGCUCGCUGCACUCGCUCAGUGUCAGUUGUACCUCCAGCGUACUAUGCGCAUCUUGCUGCCUUCCGCGCGAGGCAUUAUAUUGAGGGAGAGUAUUCUGACGCGGGGUCCACAUCAGGAGGAGGAGGACAGUCAACCCGGGAGAAGGGUGCAGAUGUUAGACCGUUGCCGAGGAUCAAGGAUAAUGUUAAGGCCGUGAUGUUCUACUGCUAAGUGCUCUGUUGGGAUGAAGGGGGAAAUGGAGAGAAGAAAGAUACUCCGGGGUAUAUGUUUUUGGUUAACGAAAAAGACUGACUAAGGCUCAUUCACAAAGUAGUAGUUUUUUUGUCCAUGCUUGGUUAGAGCUUUAGAUAUUUAAGUGUUACUAUUAGUAUUAUGAUU